AUGAAGGAAUCAAAUGCUUACAUGUCAUCCAACAAUCUCCCUCAGUGUACGGAUACAUAUGUUGAUUUAAGAGCCUCUGAAGAUGGUAUUGCCGGUAUUGAAUUAAUCUCUCGUGCUGCCGAACAACAUUUUACCGGUUCUUCUCAUCUCUACAUUCACUUUAAAUUUCAAGUGAAUGAUCCAUGUAAACCGCAAACACUCUUCUUUUGCCCAAAGUUUCAGAUCAACGUACAAAACAAUUGGUUGUUCUAUAGAUACGCUACCACCGCUGGACAGAUACAAGAGAAAUCAAUGAGCAUGAAAAUCCACAAGAACCUCGUUUAUGAAAUUAUUAUUUUGAAAUCAUUCGAAGGGUCAGGAAUAUGGCUUAUAGAUUCGAUCUCUAGAAACGUUCAUUGCUUCUCAAUGCUACUCGCUUCGAAUUCAUCUUUAGGUCUUUCAACGUAUGGCAUUGGCAAUUUCCACUCAGCUCCAAAUUUCGUUUUACCUUUUGAGGGUAAAAUAUUUUCAAGAUCUUUGAUCACUAUUCCUAACACUCUCAAUGAUCAUCAAGGUUUAUUUCAGAGCUUUUUCUCAUCUGAAUAUGAAAUUUGCAAAUUUUAUCCCUUGAUAGCAGGAGAUUCUAUUAGUACUACAACAUUAUUAUUUCAACUCAUCACUCAACAGCGCAAUGAUCAUGUUGAAGUUGAUGCUCAUCACCAACUCAAUUCCGUGUGGACUUGCUACGGAUUACCCUUUAAUCAUGAUCAUGUUUGUAACUCGAGAGGGAUAUGUAUCGCCAAGGAUACUUGUAUUUGCAACGAAAAUGUAUCCGUUCCUCUUGAUGAACAAUGUAAUUAUCGACCUUCUUUAUCAAAUGGAGUCGAAUCAGUUUUCAGACAGAGCGUUGCUUUGAAUAGUCCUAAAGUUUUUUGUGAAAAGAACAUGGACUGCAUCAAUGGCAACUACCUUUUUGAUUUAAUCAGUCCAAGAGAAUGGCUUUUUGAGGACGGAAACAGAGACAGUGAUGAAUACAUUUGUGACAUAUCGAGUACUUUAAUCAAUCCACUAUGUCGUCAUAGUUGGUUCGUAAAAGAGCUGGCUUUGAAUGUAGGAUCAUGGACAAGCGGAUUUGUACUAAGUAACCCAAUAUAUUUUAAGGAUGGCCAUGCCGGAAUAAGAAGGCUUGAUGGCUUCAUUAUCUUGAAAUGCUACUAUUGUCGAAUUGGUACUGGCUUAAGGUUUAGGGGUAGUUUUCUUUUUUCAGCACAUGCUGGAUCUUUUGCUGUCAUCAAUGAUAGAAGCAUUACACGAAAGUUGGUGAACGAUUUCACCUUCAGGGUUUUCUUCCAUCAAAAGCAUUCUGAUUACACAAACGGAAGACAAACUCUCUUUGACUUUGGUUCCCACCCCUAUUGGAAAGUUUUAUUGGAAAACCACUAUUUUAUGAUCGAAUAUUUUCCCCACAACCAUCCUCUUGUCCGAGUGAAUACAUUUUUCAAAAUUCUGCCAGACAUCAUGUACCAAGUUGUAAUAGUGAAAAGUUCACAAGAGGGCCUUAAAGUUUUUUCUAAUGGAGACUUGGUAUUUGAAGAUCCUACCUUGAAGGAAGAUUGGAUUCAAACAGAAACACCAUAUGUAGAUGUAAUUGGAAAGAGUCAUAAUAACUCCAACGAUUACUUUACAGGAGAACUAGAAAAUUUUGAAAUUGAUGAUAGACCACUGGCGAUCAUUGAAGUCAAAGAUGAGUUUUCACGAAACGAUAUUGUAUGUUACGGGAUACAUCAUUGGAAUAUUUCAAACGUUUGUAGUGGCCGAGGAACAUGCAUCAAUAACGAUGAUUGUUCCUGUAAUUCUGGAUAUAUGGGAAACAACUGUGAAUCACGAUUAGCUUGUAAUGGACUUUUACCAACUGAUCCAAAUGUGUGCUCGGCAAAUGGAAAGUGUAUUGCCAUCGAUUCGUGUGUUUGCAAUGCAGACAGAACAGGAAAAUUCUGUCAGUAUAUUUCCGACAGUAAUCCCAUCACUUCUACUUUCAAAGUUGUGCAUCAUUCAUUUUAUUUCAAUGGAACCAAGUUAAUGAUGAAAAGAAGUGUGAGGUACCCAUUACUCUCUUCGAGUCCUCCUUAUUCUACCAUUUUAAUUAUUGAAAUUGAUGUGUUAUAUAUUAGGGAGUCCAUUAAGGCUAAAUAUUUCUCUGAUGAAGACGCACUUAUAUCAGACCUGAUCAAAUAUUCCACCUUUGACGAUGGAAUGGGCAUUGUAAUUUGGAUCGAUCUUUCAAUGACCAAUAAUAACUUGAAAACACCCAAUCUCUAUGUGUUCCAAUCGCCACUCCUCGCUACACCCCAACGUUUUAUCAUUCCCACUACAAGAUCGACCCCUGACGUUCCCUUUGGUGGGAAUAUUUCAGCAAUAUUCUACGGAGGAGACAACUCUUUUUAUACCAUCACAUUGCUCACGAAUACGACCAUUGCCAUUCAUUGUAUUGAUACCAAUGAUUUACGUGCACAUUGGAUUGAGAACUGGCGUAAUGAUGACAUCUCACUUCAAUUUAUUGAAUUGGGCAAAAUAUUGUACGAUGUUGGGAACACAAUACGUUAUGUCGUACCAAUUAUUAAUGAUACUAUGCCACUGUUAGAGAAAUUAGCUGUGAUUUCUAUUUCACCCACAAAUACCACUGGUAUUCCUUACAUGAAUUACACCACCAUUACACUUCCAACCAUUGCAACACAUUACGACAUUUUUGGAAAUAAUAUGCGACUGUAUCUAUUUGUCAUAAUCAAUAGACACAGUGAAAUAUAUACUAUGGAUUUUAUUUCAGAAAGAUGGAUUGGACCUGUUGCAAUCUUUGAUGACAUGUUUCUUUCAUAUGAAGACGAUUGUAUUUAUUCUUAUGAAGUGAAUCCUCUUAAACUUAUUUCGUUGCCAACAGGAAAAUCUUUGUUAUUUACUGACGAUUCAUGGAUGAAUCAUACGGUUGUAGACAUUAAUUUACCAAUUCAACUGCCUAAGACAGUUUCCUCACGGUUAGAUGAUGCCCUCAACACCACGAAGAAAUUGGUUAAUUCUGUUGCUGUGGAAACGGAUGCUAAAGAAAGAGAAAAAGUGCAGUUACGAUAUCACAACAUUUAUGUCGAUGGUACACAGUUGAAACUUGUAGUAGGAGUUUAUAGUUUCGCAAAUGAAUCUAGCUCUGUAUUAUUGGAUACUGCUCUGACAAGAAUUUUAAUUCCAAGAUCAAUCAGAGACGAAUACAAAACGGUGAAUAGAGUCAUCCAAAGUUUAGUUAGAGUCACAAUGGAUGAUCUAUCAGGAGACUACUUUGUUGUGGUUGAUCCAAGAAUUUCUUAUGAUCAGUUGUUGAAUAUCUAUCGAGUAGCCUUGAAUGGAGACAUUUCAAGGUAUCGCCCUCAUUGGGGAAAUGGGUCUGAACCUUUGGAAAUCAUUCAUCGAGUGAUUGCUGCAAAGCCUGAUUGUGUUUAUUUGGUGUCAAUACAUGACGAAGAGCUUGUCAGUCAAACCUCCGUCUCGGUCGGUACAGAUGCGUUCAUCCGUCCAUCCAAUGUUUCACUUGUGAUCUACAGAAUGAAUACUUCCAAUUCAGAAAUUAUUGAAUUUGUUUAUUUCCGACCCGUAAACUACAGCAUUACUCUGACGGAUUUACUACAAGCAACUAUUACACAAUUCGGUAAUUUUAUCUAUAUUGAUAUUUUGUCAACUGGAAUUACAGAGGAUGUUCGCUACAUCUCUACCAUCUACCUUAAUAGCGAUUAUGAGCUGAUUUCCCACGCUUUUUUCAAUGCCACCAAACUUAAUAUGGCCCAAUCCUAUCAAGAAAAAUUUAUCAAGUUAAUUCGUAUCAAUGGUGAUGAAAGUUAUUUAUUAUUUAUCUCUAACAAAGGAACAGAAAUUUUCUUAAUUCCAACUGGACAAGUGGAGAUUGAUCUCGAGAUUUCCUUCUUCUACAUUGCCUUUUAUAUUGAUGAACGACAUGUUUUCAUUGGAUGGAUAUAUCGCCAAAGACACUCAUUCAUUCUUAUCAACCACCAUGACUAUUUGCUUGUUGUGAGACAAAAUGUGACCGAUCGUUUUGUGUUCGAUCAACGGAGAAUUCCAUCCAAUACCACACAGCUCUUUAUACAAGAACAUUGUGAUGCAUUUUCCAAUAAUAAUACAGAACACUUGUGUUCAAACGGUUAUUCAGGUUUCAAUUGCAACACUCGAGUCAUUUCCACCGCUCAAGAGAUUACUGCAUGUUCCAGUUUGAAAAAGAGCUCGUGUACACCAUUUUACAAAUUUGAACUGGUGAACGGUACAUUGCUGACGCUGUAUAUCAUGUCCAAUGGCACAUCAUAUGUUGUAGAAAUACCAAACUUCAUUAUUCCACCUUAUAUGAUCUAUGAAAGAAAUGAACACCUCCUUGCAAAAUAUGUAACUGUCAGUGUUGAUGGUCAUGGAUUUCUUUAUGUGGUUCUUGGUGCUCCAAUCUCCUCUAAAAGAACCAUAACCAUUUUCCAAAUUGCAUACAUGAUUGGUAAAAUUGAAAGAAUAGUGGAGAUAAAACAAAUUACAGAUAUUGAAAAUAUUCAAAUUAUACACGGUUACAAUGGCUCAACAUGGUUUGGAGUUGGAACUGAACUUUCAACUGACUCUUUAGUUAUUUGUAUAGUUGACACUGUUACUGGUUAUGUGAUCCGAAGAAAAAUACAACUCCAUGUACAAUUGUCGUUAAUUGAUUUGGAGCGAGUGACAUUCCGAAAUGACGUUCAAAUUUCAGCUAAUGAUAAUUUAUUGACAAUCAUGGUUCCAUUAGUUAGAGAUAUAUUGAUCGUCAAUGUUGAUAAGAAUAUUUUAAUUACUCAUUCGUUAUUCCGUCCAGAAAACGCGUUCAUUAGUAAUAAUACUUUUGUAUUCCCUAGCGUGAUCGAUAACACUAUUAUAGUAUUAUCGUUUGAUGAUUAUUUUACCACAUUUAUUGAAAUUAGCAUGAAUUACUCAAAUCCUAAUUCAUCUAUUGUGAAAUCGAAAAAGGAAUUUUUUGAUUUCAUUGUACAUACCAAACAGGUGUUUAAGGUAUUCUUUAAUUAUUACUUUGUUGUCAUUAUUACCGAACACGAUUCAUUAACGUACGACAUUCUGAAUGGAGAUAUUCAAACCUUCACAGCUGAGGAUGACAGAAUUUCCUUUAGAGAAUUUUUCUCUUAUGAGUACGAUGGUAAAUGUUCACACAAUUACUUUGGGGAACAUUGUGAAUAUUACAAUGCACACUCGAACAACUCUUUAAUAUCAUUACCCAAUUUUAUCAGUGAUGACGAUGGUUUUUAUUUGGAAAUUAUGACAUACUAUCUCAAUGACUUACCAUAUACGAUGAAAACAGCUGAAAAUAUUACUCUAUUAACUUUUAAUUCAUCCACAGAAAAUAUAGUUUACAAGAGAAGAGCAAUCUUACCUCCUCAUAUACCACAAGAUUUGGCAUUCAUAUUUUUGAAACAAUUACCAAACAAUCUAUCCAAUAUUGUUAUGGUACAUAUGGAUCCACAUUAUGAAAUUUCUGUCGUUACAUUAAUUCCAAAAGAUACUAAAUUUACCUCCAACAUUCAACUUUUUUAUACAGGUGGAUUUAGUGAUUUAGAUUCAUGGUUUGCCAUUGAUGUAAUUGAUAACGUGAUUUAUGUAUUGAUGAUUGAUUCAAGGACAGGUAUAACUACUAUAUAUGGCACAUGGUCAAGUAUGUUGAUCAAUAGUGAAAAUAUCAUGCAUGGAACUACCAUUUCAAAAGAGGAUAGCGAGGAAAUCAGAUUUGUUAUUCCAUAUUUUGAUGAAAAGACGAACAUGAUUCGCUUGACAAUAAUUCAUUUUGACUCUCAUUACAUUGAAUUUAUUGAAUAUAAUGUCACUAUGGUACCCGCAAAAGCACCUUAUAUCCAAAUGAUGACAGCAAUGGAUGGAACAAUGUUGUUACUGAUGAUAGAUGUUUCAUCUACAUUAAUAUAUCAAAUAGAAGAGCAUGAUCACAGUAUUGAUGUCAUGUUGGUUCAUGAAUUUUAUUCCUUCACUUAUUCCAUUGAUAUAUCAAUUGUACAGGAUAUCAUGAAUCCCUAUAUUUGGAAGGUCAUAGAUGUCGGUAAAGACAAAAUGAUUACAAUUAACUUGUCCUUUAACAACAGUAUAACAUUGGAAAAGCUGAAUUCAACCAUUAUCUCUGUACUACCUAAGUUCAAUAUUCUUUCUAUGACCAACACUAGUACAGUGGUCUAUUUAGAUACUAUUACUGAAUCUGAAUCAUAUAUCUAUAAUAUUACCAUUCCUUUAAAAAAUUAUGCAGCAGCAACAAGAGUGAACGAUACAAUUACAAUUACUCUGAAAACUAUUGCUAUUCAUUUUAUCAAAGAUCAUGAGAUUCAAUUCAAAAUCUCUCGUGAACUGUUGUUUAUUAUUGACGACAGUUCACAACAAUUGAGAGACAUUGAAGUGAGUUAUUAUUACCUCUCUAUUGAUGACAUUCGAAUAAUUGUGAUUGAUAGAAAGUUAUUAUAUUCGAUUUCUGUCUUUUUAUUGUAUCACAAUGACUCUGGUUCAUUUGAGAAACGAAUGGAUUUGAUUCCAAUUGACAAACCAUUUUCUUCUCGGAUGAAAAUAAUUUCUUGUGGUGAUUUGUAUUGCUUUGGUAUUGACAUUAUUGAGCUCACUUUGGAGAUAUAUAGAAUACAUAUUGUUUCUGGUGAAGUGUAUUCAUAUAUUUCUCUACCACUAUCAACCAAUUAUUCACACGAUUUAAUUGAAAACCCAGCUGUUGUUAAGUCUAUGGAUAAUCAAAGUUUUGUCAUGUUGAUUCCAAUGAUAGAUGUUGAUACUUAUAAACAAUCCAUUCUACAGAUUGUUGGUGGGGAAUAUUUGGAACCUAAGGUGGAAUAUUUAUAUUUGAACACAAGUAAUGAUAUUGUAUUUAUUUCCAAAGUAUUUGUUGUUGAUUAUGAAAACAGUUAUUUGGUAACUAUUGGACAAAAUAGAACAGUCUUCUAUAGAAUGAAAUAUAAUACCAAUCUCAGGUCAUACGAAGUUGCGAUUGUAGAAACAUUGGAAAAGUUUACAGUUACACAACUUGAUUUAACUCUUAUAGAAUUCUUUAAAGAUAAUGAUAUGCAUGUUUGGUAUAUCAUCAACUACAAACAUAAUACUAUGUUAAUUGUGAAUUUAAUUGUAAACAAUGAAACUAUUUCAUUAAUACAAAUACCGGAAUCUGCAAUUAACAUUAGCAACUGGAUAAAUGAAAAUAUUAAGUCCAACAAUAGUGAUUCAUUUGCCUUUAAGAUAUAUCAUGUCAACAAUUCAACAACCAACAACUCAAACAUGACAAGUAAUAGCACAUACAUCAUCACUUCUAAUAAUACUACUUCCAUCAACAAUGUUACAACACCAAACAAUGAAACGAUUUUGAACAAUUAUACCACUAACAACAAUUCAAAUCCUACCAAUAACAGCAUCAACGUUUCCGUUUCCAGCAAUUCUACCGUCAUCGCUAACACUACUAUUAAUAAUAAUGCAACACUAUCACAAAAUAACACAAUUAACUUCACGAACAACACCAAUGUGAACAAUUCUUCUGAUUUGAAUAACUUAAACUCUACAAACAACAGCACAAACAUUGACCUUUCCACUAAUUCUACCAUAUCACCAACAACCAACUCAAACAUCACCACUUUUUAUAUAUGUGAUAUGUGUUCUAAUCGUGGCUUAUGUGGUUUGAAUGAUAGUUGUAUUUGCAAUGAAAAUUACUAUGGAAAUAACUGCCAGAUAUCAAAGUGUUUUGGAAUAUUUAGCAAUGAAACAGAUGUUUGUAGCGGAAAUGGUGAUUGUGUGGACACUAAUAUUUGUGAUUGCCGACCAGGAUUUUCUGCACAAAAAUGUCAAAUCAAAGUUUUCACAGCUGAAGCUUGUAGUGGUGAAUUUAUUCAUGCGCUUUCAUUGCAAGCAAAGAAUAAUCAAAUAUAUUUUGUGAGCUUAUUAUGGGAUGGAAAAUGUGACAAAUCAAUAAUUUUAGAAGAAACACCACUUCUCCCCACCAACAUCCUCGAAAGUGUGGUCUUGAAUUAUUCGUCCAGUGAAAUAUUGGACAAAUUUGUUUCUUUUUUUGUCACAGACAAUGGAACUUCUAUUUUCUAUGUGGAUCCAAUUAUUAUGCCUCCCAUUGACAACGACAAACUGAAAUUCACACUCGUUCAAGUGAUUGAAAAUAGAAUUAAGGUGAGAAUGUUUGGUUGUGGUAUCUUAGAAAACGUUACGAAUAUGGGAAAGAUUAAAUUGGUACAAAAUGAGAAUGGUAAUUAUUUUGGAAUUGGUGUGAACAAACAAAAUGAUACCCAUAUCAAAAUUUUCAGCAUUGAUUUUGAUAAUGACAAGUGUAAAAUUAUCGCCAAUAUUCCUGCCAAUACUACUGACGAUCUAAUUUCUAAAGGAACAACUGUAUUCAACCCAGAAACAAAUAUCACCAAAUUUACCUUCAUUGAACAAUCUACUGACGAUGAAACCAAAACACUUUCAGCUCUGACACUUAACAUUAACAAUAUUACCACCAAUCAUAUACCACUUCCAUCUAAUUCAUCAGGAUAUUUAUCGAUCAUUGUUUCAAACAAUGAAGAUCAAUAUAUGAUCACUACAAGUGCCAAUGGGACUCAUAUUAGCAGUAUCAUUCCAAACAUUGAUGUGAAGGAUGUCACUUUUACCGUUUUAGCAACAGAUCCUGAUUUUACAGUGUCAGAAAAUGAUGUUCUUAAAGUAGAGGAAUCAAAAACUCAAACUUCCAUUAUUAAUACUAAUACUCAACUUUCUAUAACUAUUCACAAGAGAUUUUUGACCAAAGUUAAUCCCUUAACAGCCGUGAAUAAGCUAAUUGUUAAUGAUGCGAUCACAGUGACACAAACGACAGAAACUCCGGCAUUGUCAUUGAAAGUAGAGACUGUUUCAAAUACCAUUGUCCCAAUAACAGGUACUACUUUUUAUUUGACUGGUAAUUUGGAAUUAAUAGGAAAACAAUCUUUUUUUAAAUUGACAUAUAAGAACAUCACGAUUGACAUCUUGAACAUCAUUAAAGAUGAAUAUGGAUAUCGUCGAGUAAUAGUUCCAGAUUUAACACCCACUUUGGAUCGUAUUUCAGACAUUUUUAAACAAGGAAGUAUUCAAAUUGGUGGUACUUUAGUUCUCUCUGACAGCUCAUCCUCUGAUAUUUUAAUUCCUUCCAAUAUUGUGUUCACUUUAUACAUUUUCGAAAUUCGAACAAUUACACCUGCCAAAGGAUGUGUUGGUGAUACAAUAUUCAUUAAGGGUACCUAUUUCCCUUACACCAAUAUUUUGGCACGAAUUACUCUAUCCCAUGAACGAGACAAUCCAACCACUCUCAUUGAAGUUCAUGCAGAGUUUAUCAACACAACCUUUGUGAAAUUAGUGAUCCCGAAAAUAGAAAAAGAAACAGAUACAUUUUUGGACAUUAGAAUUUCUGUGGAUGAUGGUAAAACUUUCACUCCCAUUACUCUUUCCUCCAGCUUUAGAUACGUUGACAAUAAUUCCACCAUUUCUCAUUCUUUAUCAAGUUUCAAUAUUUCGACCUCUCUUCCAGACACUGUGGGUACUGCUAUUAUCACACAAACAUCUGAUGGCAUAUUAUUUUGUCCCAAUAUCAAUGUUACUGCAAUUUGUACCACAAACAUCUCACGUCCAACGGUUCGUCAAGCGAUAACAUCUGACGAAAUAUAUCAUAUAGAACGUGUCAUUUCCAUUGAUGCAAAAUUGUCCUAUGUUCAAGAAUUAACAUCAAGCAAUUUGUUUGAAGCUUGGCUCACAAAUACAAAUGUCUCUAUUGUGGGUUCGUUGGGAAUGGUGAACAGCAGAAAGAUGAUUGCUUUAAAUAUAUCUACACCUGAUCAUUCAAUGGGAAACUUGAAAUAUUGCUUGUUUUCUUCCAACAAAAAGUACAUUAUGAAAUUUGUGGCAACAACUUCAAAAGUCACAUUUAGUCUACUUGACGUAUCGCAAGGAAUUACACUCUGUUCGAUAUCCUACUUGAACGUGAACAUUAUGGAUUAUAAUAGUGAAUAUACUUUAUCGAUAGCACAAAGCUUUAGCUGUUCAGAUUUGCGUGCCACAAAAACCUUUGUCCCUCCUAUAUUGCAACUGUCUGCUGUCCACGAGACAUGUGGAACAGAAUGUCGGCUAACAGGUAUUAGACCAACUCAUCGCACAGGAUUAGAUUCCAUUAUUAUUGGUACAUCUGUUGGUGGUUUUAUUUUGAUCCUUCUACUGGUUGUUGUAGUGAUUGCUGUGAUUGUGAUCAUUCGAAAGAAGUAUGUCAAGGGCAAAGUGGGUCACUAUGUCUAUUAUAAUGGAUCCUAUGAACAGAACAAGGCAACAUUGCAAGAUUUAUUUAACAGAAUUAAUGAAAUGAAUCAAACAGAUGAUUCAAGCUCCAAUAACGAGAUUGACAACCUAAAACAGUUUAACUCGUCAAGUGAUUUGAUUGCUUGGACCUCCCUGAAAAAUGUGUAA